AUGGCCUUGCAAGCACGCAUACCUAAGGUAGACCCUGAACUAGGUCUUGUUUGGGAGGGACCUCCAAGCAUGGAUACACUCAGCGAUGUAUUUGCUGUCCGUAACGCAUUCGCAUCCCGUCACCCGGACAUAUUCGGCCUUCCCCAUCUGCCAGUCUCCACUCAAACACCCUCCCACAACGUCAGGUCCGCCGACGGCACCGAAAUAGAGGUUACGCAUUUUAUCCCCGAGGCACCUGCAGCAAAGGAAGCCCCACCGGCUCGUGCAGUUAUAUUCUGUUUUGACGGCGGUUUUAUCAUGGGAAACGCGGCCAGCAACAUCAAUUUUGCCGCCAAUAUGGGGACAACGGUGCAUUGCUUGUCGAAGCUGGUAGAGGUGAAGAUUCAGCGGCCACCAAAGUGGAAAUAA